UUUACCACUAAUUAUGACCUGAGGAAAAAAAAAAAAGAAAGGAGUGCGUUCAUGGAAACCGGGAAGGAGGUGUGGCAGUUUAGUCAGUUGUAUAAAAGGGCUGCAUCUGUUGUGCUGUUUGAGCUGGGGUGCAAGGUUCAACCAACAUGCAGGUCAAAAUGAGGAGUCUGCCUUGCUGUGGCGUGCUCAUAUUCACACUUCUGAUGAGCUGUUCAGUCCAAGCCGAGCAAAAGAAGAAAGCUGCUAAAUCUCAAGGUACAGACUGCUCACAGAUUAAGACUCGUUCUCCAAGGGCCACCAGUGGAGUUUAUCAAAUCAAGCCUGCAGGAUUUAAAAGCAGCUUCAAGGUGUACUGUGAGAUGAAUUCAGAUGGAGGCUGGACGGUGUUUCAGAGGCGAACUGGAGGCUCUGUUUCCUUCAAUAAAAAAUGGGCCGCAUAUAAGAAUGGAUUUGGAAACCAAACAGGUGAUCACUGGCUGGGUCUCAAGAAGGUCUUUGCACUGACAAAGAAAAAAUCAAAUAACUGGAUCUUGAGAGUGGAUCUGUGGGAUCAUGAAGGCGGCACUGCUGUUGCUGAAUACAAGGACUUCAGACUGGGAAAUGAAAAAACAGCUUUUAAACUCCAUGUUGGGAAAUACAGUGGAAAUGCAGGUGACGCCGUCCGUGGGGCCUAUGAGGGCAUCGACCAAAAUGGCUUCGGCUUCAGCACCAUCGACCGCGACAAUGACGGCUGCUCCCCGUGCAUCUUCGGUGACAUCGCUGAAUCAAAGUGUUCCCUCUCAGAGGGAGGUGGUUGGUGGUACAGCAGGUGUGGCUCUGCCAGUCUGAACGGUGAUUGGCAUCCUUCUGGAAAUCACAUUGGCUGGGCCUCAGGUCUGCACUGGCUCACCUGGAAAGGGCCCGCCCCUUAUUCAGCCAAAGCCACGAGGAUGAUGAUAAAGUGUAUGUGAGAUAGAAGCAAAGACCAUGCAAAGUUCAAACCAGGGGCUUACAUACAUUGCACAAAAGACAACUUUUUCUCUCCUAACAUCUCAAGUUGAAACUAAACUUUUCCUGUUUUAGAUCAGUUUUUUUGUAAGAUCAUUUGUUUUGUUAAAUAAUGGAGUACGACUUAGAACAGUUUAAGAUCUGUUUAAAAUCAGAAGCCACUUCUACAAAUUGACUUUUUUGUCUUUUUGAGC